AUGGAUAGCAACAGUCGGCCUUCCCCGCACCCCCAACCCGAUACACACGCAUCGAGCCAUGACCAGUAUCCCACAACCCCCUCGACCUUCCCCCAAUCCGUCUUUCCGGCUCCCCCAAACUUAGGAGAUGAUGGUACACAAUCUCGAAACCAACCCCGCCAACAGCCUUACCCGGGUGCUUUCGCACCACCCGGGUAUUUCGUGCAGAAUCAUGACCUGCCGCAACAUGAUCCCGACACUACCCUUGUUAGCCAGUUCUCCCAUCAGAAUCUGGGGGGCGACGCGAGGUCCUUUCCAUACGGCUUGCGAGGACAGGCGCCGGCACAACGUCCUCGCACGGGGCAUCUCCCCAGACAGGAUGUGCUGAACCUAGAUAACCGUAUGACGGCUCCGAUGCCGCCGCCGAAAUCGGUACCAAGGGGUGUAUUCGCGCAAGCCCCAGAGCGAAACCCAGACAAGUACGGAUCGGCCGUCAAUCACAACCAGACGAAGUGCGCGCAGUUAGCGGCUGACUUCUUCAAGGACAGCGUGAAGCGGGCGAGAGAGAGGAAUCAGAGACAGAGCGAGAUGGAAAGGAAACUCGAGGACCCAAACGAGGCUCCGUCACGGCGACAUCAGACUUGGGCCUCGGCCGGGCGUAAGGAGGGUCAAUAUCUCCGGUUCUUACGAACCAAGGAUAAGCCAGAAAACUAUCGAACAAUCAAGGUGAUUGGCAAAGGCGCCUUUGGUGAAGUCAAACUAGUGCAAAAGAAGACGGACGGCCAGGUCUACGCACUAAAAUCGCUCAUCAAGACAGAGAUGCUCCAGAAAGACCAACUGGCUCACGUUCGGGCCGAGCGCGAUAUUUUGGCCGAAGCUGAGAGUCCGUGGGUUGUUAAGCUGUUUACGACUUUCCAAGAUCCGCAUUUUCUCUAUAUGCUGAUGGAGUUCCUACCGGGUGGUGAUUUAAUGACCAUGCUCAUCAAAUACGAAAUCUUCUCCGAAGAUAUCACCCGGUUUUAUAUGGCAGAAUGCAUUCUGGCUAUUGAGACUGUACACGCGUUGGGCUUUAUCCACCGAGACAUCAAACCAGAUAAUAUUCUCCUAGACCGUGGCGGCCACAUCAAGUUGACUGACUUUGGUCUCUCGACCGGUUUUCAUCGUCUCCACGACAAUAGCUACUACCAACAGCUGCUCCGAGGAAAAUCCAACAAGCCACGGGACCGGACUUCAAUUGCACUUGAUCAAAUUAACCUCACUGUUAGCAACCGAUCGCAGAUCAACGAGUGGCGUCGAUCAAGAAGGUUAAUCGCCUAUUCCACUGUCGGAACCCCAGAUUACAUUGCCCCCGAGAUUUUCACUGGUCAGGGAUACUCAUUCAGCUGCGAUUGGUGGUCUCUUGGGACUAUCAUGUUCGAGUGUCUAGUCGGCUGGCCUCCAUUUUGCGCUGAGGACCGUCACGAUACGUACCGCAAGAUUGUCAACUGGAGACGAGCAUUGUACUUUCCUGACGAUAUCCAGCUGGGUCGGGAAGCUGAAAAUCUAAUCCGGAGCUUGGUAUGCAACCCUGAAAACCGGCUUGGUCGCGGCGGAUCGCAGGAGAUAAAAGACCAUCCGUUUUUUCGCGGGGUUCAGUUUGAUCAGCUGCGUCGGAUUAGGGCGCCAUUUGAGCCACGCUUGACUUCCAACAUCGAUACAACGUACUUCCCUACGGACGAGAUCGACCAAACCGAGAAUGCUACUCAUGUCAUGGCUGACGCCUCGCGAGCCCUACCCGACGAGUCACUUCAGAUGAGUUUGCCUUUCAUCGGAUAUACCUUCAAGCGGUUUGACAACAACUUCCGGUAA